CACGACUUCGCCACUGUGGACGUGUGGCUGCCCAAGGAGCCAGCUGAAGGUUCACUCAAUCAGAGGUUUGAACUGGCAAACAAAACGGGGGCAGACAAACCCAGCCUGGUGGUUAUCCAUACUUUAGAUUUACCAAGCCAGCAAAAAACAGCUGCUAUACCCCCGCUCUCCCCACAGACGGAGGCCGUGCUGUGCGAGUGCCGGGUGCGGUUUCUCUCCUUCAUGGGCGUGGGCCGGGACGUUCGCUCCUUCGCCUUCAUUGCGGCCAGCGCCCCAGGCACCUUCCGCUGCCACAUGCUGUGGUGCCAGCCCAACGCCGCCGGGCUCAGUGAGGCCCUGCAGGCUGCCUGCAUGCUGCGCUAUCAGAAGUGCCUCGAUGCCCGGCCCCAGGCCCCCAGCUCCUGCCUGCCGGCGCCGCCCGCGGACUCCAUGGCCCGGCGCGUGGGCUCCACCGUCCGCAGGGGUGUCCGCAGCCUGCUGGGCAGCCUGAAGCCCAAACGCCUUGGGGGGCAGACGCCAUGAGACCCCCCCUGCACGCAGCCAAGGCUACGGCACAGCGCGGGAGGAGGCCCCAGCUGGCCCCACAGCGCCUGGGCUGCCUGCCCUCCCCUCCCCAGCUCUGGCUGGGCCUUGAGGGGCGUUCCUGGCUCAGCCCCUCCCUCCACACCCCCCUGUGCUGGGGGGCCCAUGGGCAUGGCCCCGGAUGGGCGUUGUACUAACUCGUUAAUAAACCCGUCCUGCCCGC